AUGGCUUGCAAGCUUACUGAAACGACAGGACUUGCGCGUCCUGUCGUGCAAGAAUGCUUCAGCUUGGGCCUGGACAUACGCGCGUACGCACCAGCACUGCAACUUCCCUCAGAGGCGCAUGCUGCUUCCGAGCAGGCAGUGCUGGAUUUUUUUAACGUGUCCCUGGAGCACGGCCUCUCGGAGGAACAGGUCGCGGAGCAGAGGACCGUCUUCGGUUGGAAUCAGCUCGCGGAGCAGGCGAAGAAGACGCUGUGGCAGUUGGUUUUGGAGCAGUUUGACGACCUUUUAGUCCGGAUCCUGCUCCUGUCGGCCUUUGUUUCGUUCCUCUUGGCGUACUUCAACUCUGACCAGAAAGAAGAAGGCUUGUCGGCCUACGUCGAGCCACUGGUGAUUCUUCUGAUUCUCGCCAUCAAUGCCUGUGUCGGUGUGUGGCAGGAGUCCAAUGCGGAAAAGGCCCUCGACUCGCUGAAGCAGCUGCAAUCGGACUCCGCCACCGUGCUGCGUGGUGGCCGAUGGAGCCGUGUCGAGGCUGCCGAGAUGGUGCCGGGGGAUGUCUGCGAGGUGAAGGCCGGGGACAAGGUGCCUGCGGACAUUCGGCUCGUGAAGCUGAAGACGACCACCGUAAGGGCGGAGCAGUCCCAGCUGACUGGGGAGUCGCAGAGCGUCACCAAGGAUGCAGACCCCGUGGAUGAUCCGGAGAUCGUGCUUCAAGGAAAGAGCAAUAUGCUUUUUGCGUCCACCACGAUCUCAAACGGCGCUUGCGUUGGGUGUGUGGUGGCCACCGGCAUGGCCACGGAGAUUGGUGCCAUUCAAGGAGCUGUCACAGAGGCUGCUGAGAAGGAGGACCCAACCCCUCUGCAAAAGAAGCUGGACGAGUUUGGGGCGACCUUGGCAAACGUCAUCUUUGCCAUCUGCUUGAUUGUGUGGCUCAUCAACUACAAGCACUUCUUCGAUCCAGUGCACGGCUCCUUCUUGCAGGGAUGCAUCUACUACUUCAAGAUUGCUGUGGCCCUCGCCGUCGCUGCCAUUCCGGAGGGCCUUCCGGCCGUUGUUACCACCUGCCUGGCGCUGGGAACGCAGCAGAUGGCUGAGCGGAAUGCCAUUGUCCGGAAGCUGCCUUCGGUCGAGACUUUGGGUUGCACCACCGUGAUCUGCUCGGACAAGACCGGAACGCUGACGUUGAAUGAAAUGUGCUGCACCAAGAUGGUCCUGCCCAGCGGUGCUGCUGCCAUGGAUGCUUUCGUCGUGAAGGGCAACGGCUACUCACCCGUGGGCUCCGUGGAUGGCUUGACGGUCGACUGGCCAAACAACAAGGCCCUGCGCUUGUUCUGCAAGGUGGCGACGCUCUGCAACGACUCGCGGCUGUCCAUGGACGAGAACGGAGGCAUCGUCCGUGCCGGCGAACCCACCGAAGCAGCUUUGCGGGUCCUGGUUGAGAAGCUUGGGUGCCCAGACGCCGCCCUGUCGAGCCAGCACUUGGGGAGUGCGAGGAGCUCCGCCAACGUCAUGGUCUUCAACGACUAUUGGGCGAAUGGGGUCGAGAAGCGGGCAACAUUGGAAUUUGCUCGCGACCGCAAGUCCAUGAGCGUGCUUUGCAAUGAUCCCAGCAUCCAGCAGGACAACGUGCUCUUCGUGAAAGGUGCCCCCGAGAGCAUUCUCGAACGCUGCACCAUGCUGAUGCUGCCGGAUGGAACCCUCCAACGUCUCUCCCAGGAGUCGCAGCAAGCCAUCCUGGACCGAAUGCUACAAAUGGCUGGUGAGGCCUUGAGAACGCUCGCCCUGGCAGUCAAGUUUGACCUCAAGGAUUCCAAGCUGAACGACUACAAUGGCCCGCAGCACCCCUCCCACGACCUGCUCUGCGAGCCCAAGAACUUCGCAGCCGUGGAGCAGGAGAUGGCCUUCCUGGGCCUCGUAGGCAUCAUCGACCCCCCGCGCCCGGAGUGCAUGGAAGCCAUAAAGGCCUGCAGAGAAGCCGGCAUCAGCGUCUUUAUGACGACGGGCGACAACAAGGCUACCGCGGAGGCAAUCUCCCGACAGCUGGGAAUCCUCUCUGCGGACUCGGAUGCCAGCGGCAAGUCCCUCACGGGCAAGGAAUUUGAGGACAUGUCCCAUGAUCAGAGGGCCCAAGUCCUCGCUGGGAUGAUGUCAGGACGAGGAGCCGAGGGUGCCGUGUUCUCGCGUAUGGAACCGAAGCACAAGCAGAUCGUUGUGAAGAUGCUCAAGGCGCAGGAUGAGAUCGUGGCUAUGACUGGUGACGGAGUCAAUGAUGCACCUGCCCUGAAGCAGGCGGACAUUGGAGUGGCCAUGGGCAUGGGGGGCACUGAAGUGGCCAAGGAAGCCUCAGACAUGGUAUUAGCCAACGACAACUUCUCCACGAUAGUGGCGGCGGUGGAGCAGGGACGGUCCAUUUACAAGAACAUGAAGGCGGUCAUUCGCUACCUGAUCUCCUCCAACAUCGGCGAGGUCGCUUCCAUUUUCUUCACGGCUGCUCUGGGCAUUCCUGAGAGCCUUGCGCCAGUGCAGCUGCUGUGGGUCAACCUGGUCACAGAUGGUCUGCCAGCAACUGCCUUGGGCUUCAACCCGCCAGACGACAGUGUCAUGUCGGAACCUCCCCGGCGCAAGGACGACACGUUGAUCUCUGGCUGGGCCUUGUUCAGAUAUCUGACGAUCGGCAUCUAUGUCGGCCUCGCAACUGUCGGAGUCUUCAUCUACUGGUUCUGCUACGAUGCGGGCGAUGAUGGGCACACGCUGGUCUCUCUGGAGCAGCUCAUGAACUGGGGUCAGUGCUCCUCUUGGGGUGGCUUCGAUGCGAACCCGAUUCUGGACCUAGACUUCACCGGCAACGGCUGCAGCUAUUUUACCGUUGGCAAAGUGAAGGCGGCCACCCUGUCGAUCACUGUGCUUGUUAUGAUCCAACUGCUGAACGCCUUCAACGCAGUGUCAGAGGAUAGCUCACUCUUAACGCGGCCUCCGUGGACGAACCCGUACCUGGUAGUAGCCUGCGGUGGCUCUGCAGCUCUUCACUGCCUUAUCCUGUACACCCCAGCGCUGGCCGGCAUCUUUGGUGUCUGUCCGCUUGAUGGGCACGACUGGAUGUUGGUGGCCAUCUUCUCCCUGCCAGUUCUGCUCUUGGAUGAGGUACUCAAGUUCUUCAGUCGGCAACAAAGGUCGUCGAGCUAG